CGAGGUAGUAUUUCUUCGGGUCUUGUCAAUAUGGCGGCUAUUGCACAAAUUUCAAGUCUUCAAGAAUGGGAAGAAGAAUGGCAGCACUUGGAAGAGGAGACGCGAACGUUCAAGCAAACGAAGUUCCAAGACUAUCAGCAGAAAUUGGACGAGUUUCAUUCGAGUCAGAAAUCCUGUGCGUCUGCCGUUAAUCAGCAAAAACGGAAACUGAGGGAUUUUCAGGAGUCUCUGCAGCGGUUUAAAGAUGGACCCCUCUCUGGUGACCAAAAAGCUCAUUUUGUGAAACUUCAGACAAAAAUCUCAGACCUUGAAAGAAAAAUAAAAGAUUUUGAGUUAAGCCUUCCUUCUCAAGCAGGGUUAUUCCUAAAGCUAUGCCUGGGAAACAUCAAUGUCUCACUUUACAAUUCAAAGAUGGCAUACAAAGAUGACUACGAGAAGUUUAAAUUAAAGAUGACAGUGAUAAGCAUGGUUUUUACCAUAUUAAACUUGUACAUCUUUAACUACAGGAUAGCAGAUGCCUUGUUCCAUGCGAUGUUAUUGUGGUAUUAUAGUACACUAACCCUUCAAGAACACAUUCUUAUGGCUAAUGGCUCACGGAUAAAAGGUUGGUGGGUUAUGCAUCAUUAUCUGUCCAUCAUUUUAUCUGGGUUUCUUCUUAUAUGGCCAGAUGGAAGGGUUUACCAACUUUUUAGGGGACAGUUUUUCUACUUUUCUUUAUAUCUUAGUUUCGUUCAACUUCUGCAGUUUAGAUAUCAGUCAAGAGCUCUGUACCGAUUAAGAUCACUGGGUGUCAGCAAAAACAUGGAUGUCACUCGAGAGGGUUUCCAUUCAUGGAUGUGGAGGGGACUAGGAUUCAUUAUUCCUUUUCUUAUUGUUGGCUAUUUAUUCCAGUUGUUCAAUGCUUACACACUCUACCGACUGUCUUUCCACCCUUACUGCAGUGAGUGGCAGGUUCUUGGCCUCAGUGUGGUAUUUUUUACCUUGUUUGCUGGAAACAUGACAACCCUCCUGUUUGUUGUGAGGCAGAAAUUUAUCAAGACAGUUUCAGUUCCACAAUUACCUUGUAGUUAAAUACCUCCCCCCAAUGCAAUUUAAUAGAGGUGCCAAGGAGGCCUCUCUACAGCUUAAGAUUCAAGUCUUGUUGCUAAUACUGCAAAUGCAACAAGAAGUGUGACCUUGAUGUAACAUCAAAGGGGGCUCACCAUAAAUUAAAAUUGACUAAUCAGACAGGUUAAUUUGGGUCUAGAGUAGACCUUUUUAAGAGGAGCUUCUUGGAGACUUUUUAUCAGUCAUAAACUUUCUAGACAAUGCAGUGAUUCUCUCAUAUGAACAGAAAUCUUGUUACUAGUAACCCUUAAUUUAUCUACUUUGUGACUCAUGUCACAUAAGACCUUCACAGAUCGUCUCCAGCUCUUGCUGUCCACAACUCACUGCAGAAUAUUCAUUACUUUUCUCUCUUUCAAUGCCUUGCCUUGUGUUAGGUUUUGGUCUCCUCCUUUUUCUCUUUCCUUUCAGUGCUCAUGCAAUAUUGCAACAUAGUGCAAUGUUGCAGUGAGUUAAUAGAUCGUCAUUAUGUGCUUAAUCAACUCCAUCUUUAUCUCUCUAUCACUUCAUUAAGCAGCCCCAUUUCCAUUCUUUUCAGAAAAUCCUCCUUUAUCAUAAUCACUACAAUUUUAGUAGAAGGAGAAUUGUAUUUAUUUUUAGACUGACUUGGCCGGCCAGUUUUGACCUAUGUUAAGCAUCUUAUGUUGGGGUUAAGAAAUUGUAUGCGGGUUAUGACAUGUUCUGUUCAAUGUAAGGAAGGGCAGCCAAGAAUGACCAAUCAAAAUAUUUUAUACACAGACGUUUUGGUUUUAGGAGGCCCAAUGCUUUUGAUUUGUUAGAGAUUGGGCAACCAAUGCAAAGAUUAUGAAUUUACUAAGAACCUGCAAAUGGCAUUAAGUUAUUUGAAGUACCUUUUAGCCAAGUUUCCUUAUUAUUAUUUUUAUUACCGAUAUUGUGACUUUUUAUCAUUAACAGACACUGUAACUUGGUUUUACAAAAAUUUAUGACUAUUGUUUGGUGAAAGAGAUCAGCAUUCAACUUUUACAUUUUAUAUUAUCAUGAUAAAUUAAUGUAAAAUAGUGAUAUCUUAUAAUGUACAUGUUUCAGUAUAGAGAGGAUAGAAAAAGUGAUGAUUUUUGUGUU